GAGUAUGCAGGCCUAGGUGGUAAUGUAAAUUUUAUUAAGCACGAACUUGAAAGUCAGAUAAAUUAUAACCUUGGAAAAGGAUUUAUUUUCAGUGCAUCAUUGAGAAAUGGACUGCUGUACCCUUUAGACGGGAAGCCUUCAAAAAUCAGCGACAGAUUUUUCCUGGGGGGAGUUCAAUCGAUACGAGGAUUUAAGCUAAAUGGCAUUGGUCCUAUAGAAGAUAGGAAGGAUUCACUUGGCGGUGAUAUUUAUAUAGCUGGUGGUGCGAGUUUAUUUACACCAUUGCCGAGAAUUCGUCGAUUGCAAUUGAAAGGGCAUUUAUUUAUAAACGGAGGAAACUUGGUACAAUUAAAUCAAAGAUUAAACUUAUAUGACAAUAUUCAACGGCUUAAAACUGCACCGAGUGUUGCUACAGGUUUUGGUAUUGUCUAUCGAAGCAGUCUUUUACGAUUUGAACUGAAUUUCUGUUUACCCUUAAUUGCAACCACAACUGAUAAAGUGAAAAAAGGAUUUCAAUUGGGAUUGGGUUUUAAUUUCUGGUGA